CUUUUCCCCCCGCUCAAACAUCCCAGCCCAGAAGCUCGACGCAUCUUCACGACCCAAGGAUCUCGGCAACUUUCGGAUACUCUUCUUACCUUGUUUCUCCAAAAGCAUUCUACUUUUGUCAUGGAGAUAGCAGGACUUGUCAUUGGCGUGGCCGGCCUGGUCGGCACCGUCACUGCGUGUAUUGAUCUGGGGGAGAAGAUUUCUGAUGCGCUCCGGGCUUCCGACGACAUCGACAGCUUUAUCCGAAAGGUCAACUGGGAACGGCUGAGGUUUAUCCUCUGGUGUGGCAAAUCCGGCCUUUGGGAACUCGCUACGCAGCCGCAGGCCCGAGCCGACAGUAUCGUGCGCCCUUUCCACCUCGAAAAUCCGAUCCCACCGGGGGAUCUCGAAGAAAGAUUACGCGAUAUUGUCAAGCAGAACAUCAACGGCAUGCACAAGUACUUGAGCGACAUCCAAGAGUUCCUUAAGAGUUACAAUGCGUGGGGUCCCCCUCGGGAAAGGAAUGUCCUUAGGAAGCGGAAGAAUAUCUCAGCUCUAGCUUAUGCCGAUCAAGUACGGCGUCAGCCGAGCCAAGAGAUACGGAAAACCGGUGUCUGGGAUGCUACUAAAUGGGGCUUAGCGGGUUACGAGGAAAGCCAGAGACUCCUUGGCGAGUUGAAGUCAUGUAUCGACAUACUCAACGAGCUAUUGGGAUUGUUCAGUACUCAGCAAGCCUCCUCAGCGGCGAGGAUACUCGAGAGCCUUGUCACGACUACGCCCAUUCCCAUGGCCACUGCUUCGCUCGAGGGAUCUAGCCAGAACGGACAUGCGGCUCAUCCAGACUUGGUGUCGCUCUAUCAGAUAUCGGAGCGUGGGAGAGAGGUCAGCGAGCUUACGGCGGCCGAAGAGGGUACAUCCGUACAGCCAGCGAGUGUGCCCCUUGGCAGCGAGUACUCUCUCCAAAUCCAGAGCAAGGACUUCGAUCUUCCAUUCCGCAAAGACCAGACCCCGCCGGAACGCGAAUUGACAACCUACCGCGGCCAACACGUUAUUGUUGAGUGGAGAUACUUCUCCAGCAAACUCUCCGCAGCAGACCGAGAUUUGCUACACCAUCGGAUUGAUCUCCUAGCCCAUCAACUACGACAAAGCUCCUCAGUCCCAGGCUUCCGCGUCCCGCGCUGCCUCGGCUUCUUCUACGCCUCCAACGCCAGUCGCUACGGUCUCGUCUUCCAAGCCUCCAUCGACCACAAGCCCCGCACCCUCUGGGACAUCCUCGUUGACGACAGAGGCAAGCCCCGCACUCGCAUUCUCGACACGCGUCUUCGCGUCGCGCACCAGCUCGUCACCGCCGUCUUCCGCUUCUUCCAGGUCGGCUGGCUCCACAAGAACAUGCGCUCCAGCAGCGUUCUCUUCCUGACCCCAGAUCCGGCGCCCUUGGACCUGCCGGAAGCAUACCUGUGCGGGUUUGGCUUCGCGCGAAAGGAGACCCCCACUGCUGUCACAGAGCUCAACCCGUCCCGAUGGCAUGGCGUCCAGAACUCCCGCAGCUGGCGGCUGUAUUGCCAUCCCGAGCGGUACCGCGCGUUGAUGGUCGAGGGUACCGGGGAUGCGCCGGCGCCGGCGUUGUCGCACAUGCGCUACGACGCGUACGGGCUGGGAAUCAUCCUGCUCGAGAUUGCGCUGUGGUGUCCUGUGGCCAAGAUCUGCAAGAAGGAAGAGCCAGUGGAGAAGUUCCAGGACGGGGUUGCCGAGUCUACCGAGGCUCUGGUGCAGGGUACUAUGGGCCUGGGCUAUGCUCGUAUUGUUCGCCGGCUGCUCGAGAGUGACUUUGGGGAGGAGGCGAUGCACGAAGACGGUGUUGAGGACGACCGGUUGUCGUUUGUGGCUGCGUUUGAAAAGACCAUCGUCUCAGAGAUGGAAUCCCUUUUCAGGCGAUGAUGAAGAUAAGAUUGUUUUCUCUAUGAUGCAGCGGGUAGUGUAGACAUUUGACACGCAGUGUCACGUUCGAGCUGGGUCAAGCUGCCCGCUGAGAACUGUCCCUCAUCUCAAUGUUGGCGAUUGAUGGGAAGGCGUUGAUAGCACCCCGU